AUGUCUUCCCAACUUCGUAUUCAGUCCAUACUCUCUCCUGCGUCGGACUCCGAUGAUGCACCCACAGCAUUCUCUGCUCAGAUCACGCCGAAGAGGAGAUAUCAAGAAACCCUUUCCCCACUGGAGAGAACGUCCGCGGACCCCGCUGUAGCAGAACUCGUAGACAGGCAAGCUCCCGGAGGAGCCAAAUUUCACAGUUCCGUCGAGCCCGACGACGACGACUCAAGGCCAACCUCGGCGGGAGGCUCCGGUGUCAAGAGAUCCUCCAGAGCCAUGCGCCCGCCGAUGAGGUCUAGCAUAGCUUGUCUGAGAUGCAGGGAAUUCAAAGUCAAAUGCGACAAUGACAAUACUGGAUCACCCUGCGACACAUGCAUCAAGAGAGGGCACAAGUGUGAGUUUCCUGACCCAACGCCUCUCCCGGCAAAACGAUCAGAACCGCCAACCGCACCGAGACAGGAGAGGAGAGUCUAUCAUGGCCGGAAGCGAGUUAAGAAGCUCGAAGAUGCAACAUCCUCCGACGGGCGUGCCGUUGCUGCGCUUGCUCAGGAGGUUCUUUCGGCGCCCUAUCUCACUGUCGAUGUGUGGCAUCGGCUCUUCGACAUCUACAAGCUGAAUUUCGCUGCCGAACUCCCGUUCUUGCAUCUCCCAACUCUCAAGGGCAUCAUUCACGUCAAGGACACCAAGAAGCCGUCAACCGAAUCAAGUCUGAUUCUAUUGGGCGUUUUGGCUCUCACUGCAAGAUUUCACCCCGCCUUAGUCAAAUAUGUGGCACAAAUCACGUACGAUAAAAUCGCGGGUCCAAAUUCUCGCGGUGCUCUACCCAGGCCGGAGCCCUCCAUGGCAUCAGAAUAUUUCGCAAAUGCUCUUACCGAAGCACUGGGACAACUCGAAUCGGCUUUAACAUCAGCUUCUGUCGUCCGUGUUCAGGCUUUUCUCAUGCUCGGUCUGCACAAAUGGAGCCAGCCGAACGGCGGCUUGGCUGCAUGGAUGUACGUCUGUGUUGCCAUACGAAUGGCCCAAGCCUUGAAAUUGGGGUUUGAGGACAAGCCUUUUGGAGACAAGAGCAUUUUGGCACCAUCUCCUCGAGCGACUCAAUCUGCGCGACUGCUUUCGGAUCGUCGGGCAGACCAGGAGGUUAGGCGACGUACUAUGUUCAGUUGCCUGAUAUUGGAUCGCUUGUUGUCUUUCGGAUCUGACCGAGUUUCCAUGGUCCGAUCUGACGAUCUUCGAAUACAGCUCCCAUGCACCGAGCACGCCUUUGACCUCGGCCGCAUCGUUGAUACCGGAUUCUUACCACAGGCGGGACAAGGCAUGGAGCCAACAAAUGAUAACAGCGUUUUGAGCCGAUUCGUGCAACUGGCCGAUUUCUGGGGCGAUAUCACCAAGUACAGCUCUGCCGGCGGCCGCCGCACAGAAUCACUUCCGCCAUGGGACCAAGAGUCGACCUUCUUUCAACUCAACAAGAAGCUGGACGCCUUCUACGCACACCUUCCGGAAGAGUUCACCUGGUCCAGUUCGAACUUCUGGAAACACGACAACAGCACGUACGUGUCACUCCACAUGCUGGGUGCUCUCUGCAAAAUCAUGCUGCAUCGCGAAUACAUUCCUUUCAUCGCCAUCAAAUGCUCCAAGCCGAUUGGCCCUAUGGACGAGCCCGGUUUCGACCCCGGCUCUGUUCCUGAUCACUUUUGGGAGCGAAGCGCAGAGCAGGUCUUCAAGGCUGGGAGAGAGAUCAUCGACCUCAUAUCGACAUGCCGAGACAAACUUCCUCAUUCGUCACUGGUCAUUUUUGCCAUCUGGCAAGCAGCCUUUAUCGGGAUAUACGCACGGCACUAUCCUCACAUGGAUGCCGAAAAUCACAUGGUUAGCAAACAGGAAAUCGAAGAACGAAAAUCGGGAGCGAUGUCCGACAACGCGGAAACGGGAACCACUAGUAUCGCUUUCCAAGCAUUGACAAAGGCUGCGCCUUAUUUCAGCAUGGCUUCUAAUUACGUCACACAUUUCACGGACAUAGAUCAAUAUCUCACCAAGGUUUGCUCCGACUACCUAGGUUCGAGGAACAGCGAGGAUGGUUUUUUGGCCAUUCGACUGGGUGGAGGUGGCGGUGGAUUGGAAUGGAGGGCUAUGGCGGACGAGAUCACGAGCAACGGCAUCAUUAUGGACGACGACCGGCCAACGGCCUAUGAUGGGCCCGAUGGAUCGCGGGCUAGCACGUUGGCAAGGAGCUCUUCCUCGGGUCUCGAGUAUUCCUUACCCAGCAGAAGCGGUACAGACGGUCGAAGGGAUUCCUCGCAAGCAUCAUCGUUUGCCGCUGUCGACGCCGCCGUAGUCCACAAGCAGGCCGGCCACGACGGCUAUCCCGGAGGCAUCCCUCACCACUCGCCGACACAGGGGUUUUCACCAACGGCCGGCUCUCUGCCAAACGGCGCGGCGAUGGCCAACAUGAACGCAGAGAGAGUUAGUAUCGACUCCUACGUGCAGAAGAACAAGGGCCAGCGGUUUGGCACCAUGUUCGAGGACAUAAAGGAGUUCGCUACGGGAGGGAUGGUCUACGCGCCCAAACUUGGGUACUGGGACGUGCUCAAGCUCCCCUCCUAUACGCAGAUGGCGGGUAGUAGUCCAUUGCCCUAG